AUGCCACGUCAUUGGAAACCUAUCUAUGAUCUGACGGCAAUAGACAACACGAUCUACAGUUGCGGUGGCGAUAAUACGGUCAACUCGUGGGGGCUGACUAACACCGAUCUUGUCCAUCAGGGAACUUACUAUUUACGGAGGAGCGACAAUUUCCAUUCGUUUUUAUGGUGUAUAUCAUCGUGCCCGGAGGAUAAUCUCUUUGCGACCGGCUCAUCCUGCGGGACUAUAUACGUGUUCGACUCAAGAUCGAGAAAUAACCCGAUCAGACAUUAUCGACCUCACACUAAGCCCGUGAAUAGCCUGGCCAUGAACACGGAAUACAUUCUGUCCGCCACCGCUAACGACUACACGAUGUCCAUUUGGGAUCAGAGAGCCGGACGGACCAUGAAGUCUAUCACAUUUCCAGGUGAAACAACGCGCACCACGUGUAUAAAUAUGCGACGAGAUUUGGUUUUCGUUGGAACCAGAACAAGGUACGCAUACUUUUCGACGUUGCACGUGCUAAAUCCAAAGGACGAUUUCAACCUAGUGAAAUCUUAUCCCACCGAGCAUACGAGAGAUAUAACGGGGAUACGUCUGACGCACAGAUGCUUGAUAACGAGUUCCACCGACAAUAUUGUCAGAAUUUCGAGCCUUACGGAUCCGCCAAAGCCCAUCGCUACUUUACGUUCAGGGAUCGAACAUAUCAACAAUGUGCGAAUGGACUAUCUGAAUGACACUCUCGCAGUAUCCGGCUACUCAGGUGUCGAGGUAUGGUACCCGAAAUUGACGUGUUCAACGAAACAAUAA